AAUUACUUUACUAGAUGGUAAAAAGAUUUGGAAGAGGCGGUCGAGGCAGUAGAGGUGGAAGAAGAGGAUUCAGAGGUGGAUCAAGAGGAGGCUCAAGAGGGGGCUCAAGAGGAGGUAGAUCUGAAGGAUUCAAAGACAGAAGAGGCGGCAGAGGUGGAAAAAGAGGCGGCAGAUUCAUCAAGAAUAGAGGAAGAAAGAGAGAAGAACCAGCUGACCCAAUUAGGCUUGAUAAUGAGCUUGAUAAGUACUGGAUGAAGAGUGGAGAUAACACUCAUAAGGAGAGAGUCAAGGAGCAAAAUGCUGAGCAGAUUAGCAGUGAGCUCGAUAAGUACUGGGAAUCUAAGGACAAGGUUGAGACUGAGAAAAAGGAAACUGAUUCUAAAGCUGCUGAAGAUAAAUCAGCUGAGGAAAAGAAAGAAUAA